AUGGCGCAGAAGUCGCUGCGGAGCAAGCCGAGGCACAAGAGCGCCGGCGCUCUGCGCAAGUACGUGGGCGAGGCGAAGCGGAAGUCUACGUUCACAAAGGCCAAAAAGACGCCAGAGGCGAAGGCUAGGGCAAACUACAUUAGCGCUGUCGAGACCGCCAUGGCAUCGCGCGUGCCCUCCGAUCAACGGUCGAAGCUGUCGAUUGUGAAGUCCAGCGGCCCUGCGGCGAAGAAGAAGCAUAUGAAGAAGCCUUUGACCCGUGGCCGCAAGCGCAAGGACGGCUAG